CAUCCUCCUGCCUUGGCCUCCCAAAGUGCUGGGAUAACAGGUGUGAGUCACCGUGUCCAAUUUAUACUGGUUUUUGGAUCUCAUAACCAGGAGGCUACUAAGUGACAAAUGAGUGGGCGUGGAGGGAUUGGUGUCUCCAGCAUGGAUCUGCUGGACAAAGGGGUGAUUCAUGACCCUGGGCGCGACAGAGAGGGACGGAGCAAGGCAGUCCAAGAUUUCAUUAUGCUCCUCAGAACAGCACGCAAUUUAAAACUUAUGAAUUGCUUAUUUCUGGAAUUUUCCAUGUAAUAUGUUUGAACUGUGGAAACCUCAGAAAGAAACUUUGACUAAGCGGGGACUACUGUACUCUCAACUGACUCACCUCUACUGUCCCCCUCCCCGUGUCAUAAUGUUGGCCUCCUGUUUGUUGUCUCUAUCUCGGGACAGGAGGGGACAGAGCUUUUGCUGGGAGAGGGCACUAAGUGGGUGACCCUUGCGUGCAGGUGAGCAAGUGCUUUUUUUUUUUUUUUUUUGAGAUGGAGUCUCUGUCACCUAGGCUGGAGUGCAGUGGUGCAAUCUGACUCACUGCAGCCUCCGCCUCCCAGGUUCAAGCCAUUCUCCUGCCUCAGCCUCCCGAGUAGCUGGGAUUGCAGGCACACGCCGCCACGCUGGGCUAAUUUUUUGCAUUUUUAGUAGAGACGGUGUUUCUCCAUGUUGGUCAGGCUGGUCUUGAACUCCCGACCUCAGGUGAUCCGCCCACCUCAGCCUCCCAAAGUGCUGGAAUUACGGGUGUGAGCCACCACACCCAGCCCUCCUUUCUUUUUGAAUAGUCCUGGCACAGUUGCCAAAGAUGAGUUGACUAUAUAUGUAUGGGUUUAUUUCUGCAUCAGUUCCAAUCAUUUAUUUGUAUGUCUAUCCUUAUGCCAAUACCACGCUGUUCUGAUUACUGUACCUUUUUAUUAAGUUUGAAAUGAGAAAGUAUGAGUCCUCCUAUACAAAAUUGUUUUGGCUAUUUGGGGGCCAUUUGCAAUUUAUUAUGGAUUUUAGGAUCAAUUUGUCAAUUUCAACAAAAACACUGUAAAUUUGAAAGGGAUUACAUUGCAUCUGUAGACCAAUUUGUGGAGUACUGCCAUCUUAACAAUAUUAUGCUUUCCAAUCCAUGAACGUGGAAGUCUUACCAUUUAUUUAGAUCAUCUUUAGUAUUUUUUUCAGCAAAGUUUUAGUUAUUUUGCUUGUUCUGAGACAGGGUCUCACUCUAUUGCCCAGGCUGGAGUGGAGUGGCAGGAACACAGCUCACUGCAGCCUUAGCCUCCUGGGCUCAAGUGAUCCUCCCACCACAGCCUCCCAAGUAGCUGGGACCACAGCAGCUGCCACCAGGUCCAGCCUUGGCUUCCCAAAGUGCUGGGAUUACAGGUGUGAGCCACCAAGCCCAGCUACAGCUCUCAAUGAACAAGGUCUUGUACUUCUUUCAUUAAAUUUAUUCCUGCUUUAUUCUUUAUGAUGCUAUGGUAAAUGGAAUCGUUUUCUUAAUUUGCUGCUGAUUUUAAAAUCCACUACCUGUGUGAGCUGAACUGUGCUUACACACCUCACUGAAAUGUCCCACUCUCAGAAGUGGCCCUGCCUCCCCAGGUCCACCAGGCCUUCUUCCCCUUUCAGCCCUCUGUCCAGGCAAGAACUCGAUUGGAGGCCUUUCUGGGCACUCAGAGGUACACAACAGCACACUAGGAGCGUUAGCUCUAAGAACUUCAAUAGGCAUGGCCAGGCGCGGUAGCUCUUGCCUGAAUGCUACUACUUUGGGAGGCCGAGGCGGGAAGAUCGCUUGAACCCAGGAGUUCAAGACCAGCCUAGACCAUAUAUAUAUGGAGCCCGUACCCCCGGAAAAAGUUAAACAAACAAAAAAAUUCAACAAGCAUAUUUUCAUCCCGUACUUUUUUCUGAGAUGGAGUCUUGCUCUGUCGCCCAAGCUGGAGUGCAGUGGCAUGAUCUCGGCUCACUGCAACCUCCGCCUCCCGGGUUCAAGCGAUUCUCCUGCCUCAGCCUCCCGAGUAGCUGGGAUUACAGGCACGCGCCACUACGCCCGGCUAGUUUUUUAAAUUUUUAGUAGAGACGGGAUUUCACCAUGUUGGCCAGGCUGGUCUGGAACUCCCGACCUCGGGUGAUCCGCCCACUUCGGCCUCCCAAAGGGCUGGGAUUACAAGCAUGAGCCUCUGCGCUCGGCCUCAUACCCUACUUUGUGCCAAGCAUAGUUCAGGAAGCUUACGAGGCAUUAAGUGAAAAAAACAAUAUCCGUAAGUUUAUGGGGCUUAUAUUUUAAUUAACGGGGGUGGACAACAACUAGCAACAAGAUAAAUAUGUUUAAAGGUGCAGGAAUUUUAAAACUCGUCAAAAUACGCCCUCCUCCAGAAAAUCCCUGCCACCUCGAAAGGACAUCCUCUUCUUGAGCUCCCCUCUCUAGCACUCCCUGAUACCGCAAGAUUGAGCAUUCGCGCACUGGCUUCCCGAACUCACUUCGACUCAGCCACAGCAGAGAAAGAUUCAAUGGGUAGGGCCGGACCGACCACCCGACACUCGCGGCGCUUCACUUGCCUCAUUGCGCAUGUACCAAAGGCAAUCGUCCAAAGUACUCCAAGCCGAGUAGCAGGGCCGGCCCUUGCGCAGGCGUACUAGCGGCCGUCGGGAGCGCUUCCGCCUCCCCGCCGCCGCCCUCGCCAUGGCCGCGCCGGCCCCGGGCCUCAUCUCGGUGUUCUCGAGCCCCCAGGAGCUGGGUGCGUCGCUAGCGCAGCUGGUGGCCCAGCGCGCAGCAUGCUGCCUGGCGGGGUCCCGCGCCCGUUUCGCGCUCGGCCUGUCGGGCGGGAGCCUCGUCUCGAUGCUAGCCCGCGAGUUGCCCGCCGCCGUCGCCCCGGCCGGGCCAGUCAGCCUAGCGCGCUGGACGCUGGGCUUCUGCGACGAGCGCCUCGUGCCCUUCGAUCACGCCGAGAGCACGUACGGCCUCUACCGGACGCAUCUUCUCUCCAGAUUGCCGAUCCCAGAAAGCCAGGUGAUCACCAUUAACCCCGAGCUGCCUGUGGAGGAGGCGGCUGAGGACUACGCCAAGAAGCUGAGACAGGCAUUCCAAGGGGACUCCAUCCCAGUUUUCGACCUGCUAAUCCUGGGGGUGGGCCCUGAUGGCCACACCUGCUCACUCUUCCCAGACCACCCCCUCCUGCAGGAGCGGGAGAAGAUUGUGGCUCCCAUCAGUGACUCCCCGAAGCCACCGCCACAGCGUGUGACCCUCACGCUACCUGUCCUGAAUGCAGCACGAACUGUCAUCUUUGUGGCAACCGGAGAAGGCAAGGCGGCUAUUCUGAAGCGCAUUUUGGAGGACCAGGAGGAAAACCCGGUGCCUGCCGCCCUGGUCCAACCCCACACCGGGAAACUGUGCUGGUUCUUGGACGAGGCAGCCGCCCGACUCCUGACCGUACCCUUCGAGAAGCAUUCCACUUUGUAGCUGGCCAGAGGGACGCUGCAAUUGGAACCAGGCACACGGCCCCAGGGGCUGGGCCCCUGCUGGCCGCCACGCUCUCGGUUCUUCUUUCAAAAAGCUGGUGGUGGUGCUGCUGCUGGAAGCCAACAGCGUCCAGCCACCAGCCCUGCCCGGGGCUCAACACACAGGCUGUGGCUCUGGGCAUCCGGAUAUUAAAAGGAACGUUGCUGGAA